AUGUACGGUAGUUAUUAUCCUCAAAGCUAUGGUACACCUUUUUCAGAAGUUCAAUCUGAUAUGUGGAUUAAUCAGAAUAUUCCCGGUGGAGUAAACAGUGUUAUGGGUGAACGAUUAGAUAAUUUCAUGGGUGGAAAUACAAAUCCAACAUUUGGUCAAGUAUAUGGUGGUGAAAGAGGAGUUAAUGGUUAUGGUGGUGGAUACGGUUAUCAAAGAUGGUAA